AUGGCAUCUAAUUCUUGGUGGUCCUCGUCUUCUUCUGACGAAGAGGAGAUGUUUUUCGCAAACGUUGUGGUAAAGGCGGCGCAGAUUCUUUUGGAGGAGGAAGAGGAAGAGGAAGAGGAAGUGGAAGAUGGCUCGUCUGAAAACGUUAUUACCAGACGAAUACGGAUUAACAGAGACCGCCAAGGAGCGCACGAGAAAUUGGUGAACGAUUAUUUUUCGGAUGCACCCCUUUACAAUGCCGACAUUUUCAAACGAAGGUUCCGAAUGAGUCGCUGGUUAUUAACACGGAUUGCUGAUGAUUUGGCGGGGCUAGACCCGUUUUUCACACAACGACCCGAUGCUCGGAAUUAUGAAGGGUUUACCACGUUACAAAAGUGUACUGCGGCCAUUCGCCAACUGGCGUACGGGACAGUGGCCGACGCUUUGGACGAGUACUUACAGAUGUCGGCAAGAACUUUGCGGGAAUGUUUAUAUCGGUUUUGCCAUAAUGUGGUGAAACUGUAUAGCAAACAAUAUUUGCGGAAACCAAACGUGUAUGAUGUUCAACAGUUGUAUCAAGCUCAUGAAGCAAGGCACGGGUUUUCGGGAAUGCUUGGUAGCAUUGAUUGUAUGCAAUGGGAGUGGCAUACCUGCCCGACUGCGUGGCGAGGCCAAUACACGCGAGGUGAUCAUGGCCAUCCAACCUUAAUACUUGAGGCCGUGGCGUCACAAGAUUUGUGGAUCUGGCAUUCUUUCUUUGGGCUCCCUGGUUCACUCAACGACCUCAACGUGCUAUACCAAUCGGCGAUCUUUAGCGAUGUCGUUAAUGGAACCGGUCCGGAACUCGUUUUACAGUUUCAGGGGUUGAGUAUAGACGCGGGUAUUAUCUUGCUGACGGAAUAUAUCGGUCUUGGUCUACAAUUGUCAAGACUAUUUCAUUUCUCGAGGACGAAAAAAGGAAAAAUACGCCAAGCGUCAAGAAGCUGCAAGAAAAGACAUCGAACGUUGUUUUGGUGUUUUACAAAAAAAUGGGCCAUCAUUAAACAACCAGCACGUGCUUUCACACCGAAGAGGUUGCGCCUUUGUAUGUACGCUUGCAUUUUGCACCAUAACAUGAUUAUUGAAGACGAAGGUCGGGCGAUUUGUGAGUAUGAUGAGAAUGAAUCUUAUAGGAAUACUGUCCCGGUAGAUCCGACGCAACAGGAUUUAAACUCAUUCGCGCUAACCAACGACUACACGCAUGCAAGCCUUCAACACGAUUUGGUAGAACAUAUAUGGAACAACGUAAACGUCGGGGACGGUGACGGAGACGAAGACGAAGAUGAAGAAGAGUAG